UUUUGCAGCUGCAGACCAGUGGAGAGUUUGUAGCUGCUGCCGCCGCCGCUGCUGCUGUGUGCAGGAGAGGGUUAAAAAAUUAGUGUGUUUUGUUAAAGGUUUUAUUGUUCUUGUAGCGUGAAGACAGUUCGUUGACAAAAUGUCGGAUUUCGACAGCAACCCUUUCGCGGAUCCGGACUUCAGCAACCCUUUUCAGGAUCCCUCAGUCACACAAGUAACGCGGAACGCGCCACCCGGCCUGGAGGAGUACAACCCGUUUACAGAUACAAAACCAGCUCCACCUGGCUCAGGGCCCAAAGUCCCACCCACUGCUAACACACAGCCCGCCAUCAUGAAGCCCACCGAGGAACCUCCAGCUUAUUCACAGCCGCAACAAACGCAGGAUCAGGCACGGGCCCAGGCUGAGUUGCUGAGGAGGCAGGAAGAGUUGGAGAGGAAAGCAGCAGAGCUCGACCGCAGAGAGAGAGAGAUGCAGUCACUCAAUGCCUCUGGAGGGAGGAAAAACAACUGGCCACCGCUGCCUGAGAAGUUUCCUGUGGGUCCCUGUUUCUACCAUGACAUAUCAGUGGACAUCCCAGUGGAGUUUCAGAAGACAGUUAAGAUCAUGUACUACCUGUGGAUGUUCCACACAGCAACACUAUUCCUGAACAUCUUCGGCUGCUUGGCGUGGUUUUGCGUCGAUUCGUUGCGUGGUGUAGACUUUGGCCUGGCCAUGCUGUGGUUCAUGCUCUUCACUCCCUGCUCAUUCGUCUGCUGGUACAGACCUCUGUAUGGAGCGUUCAGGAGUGACAGCUCUUUCCGCUUCUUUGUAUUUUUCUUCGUCUAUAUUUGUCAGUUUGGUGUCCAUGUGAUGCAGGCUAUUGGCAUCACAGGCUGGGGAGUCAGUGGGUGGAUCUCUGCCUUAACCGGCCUUAAUAAAAGUAUUCCUGUUGGCAUCAUCAUGAUCCUGAUUUCUGCUCUGUUUACCGCCUCUGCUGUCAUCUCUCUCAUCAUGUUUAAAAAGGUCCACGGGCUGUAUCGGACCACUGGUGCCAGCUUUGAGAAGGCCCAACAAGAAUUUGCCACCGGUGUCAUGUCCAAUAAAACAGUCCAAACAGCGGCCGCUAACGCCGCUUCUACAGCUGCUCGCGGAGCAUUCAAAGAGCAGUUCUGAUUGGCCGAGAGAGAGCAGGCCUAACUUUAAGCUCCUCCCACUUUCUCCCUUUUUCAUUCUUUCUUACUGUAUUCCUUUGACAUGAGUCACCUGUAAGCUUGUCUCAGAUGUGGAGGAUCCUCAACUCCGCCCCUUUCAUCGACUCUGUGCACUCCAUUGGCUGACUGAGACUCCACACUUUUCACUCAGCAGAUGCACUCAACUGGCUGUUGCGCACAGAUGGUUAUGCUGUGUGUGUGCGUGCACACAUGUGUGCGCGUGUGUUUGUGUGUGUGUGUGCACUCUUAUACUCCAGUCACUCCAGGUCUGAUUGAGUGUGCUGACUCAUGCUCCUCAUUAAAACAAAAAACAGGUAAUGUUAUCAGCAAGGAUUCUCUCCACUUGCUGUGAACAUCCAAAGUGGACAGAGUUUUGAAAGGCUUUCCAAGUCAUCAACACAAUCUCCUAUCUCACACCAACAAGCAUUUCAUUCCUGCCUCUCAUUGGCCAGUAGGAAUGUCCCUCACCGUAUGCACCCAAUGGGAGAUUCAGGUGGCUCUUCUGUUGCUUUUUUUUAAUCUCCGAUUCUGCCUUACACGCUGUUCCUGCUUUACUGAAAAUAUGUUGAAGCUCCUUCACUUCACUUCUGAGGCUUGUUUAAUGACCUACAAACACCUGAGUUGGGUUUGACAUGCUUGAGAAGUUCACUAAGCCUCAGUUCAGGUCCUGAUUCAGAAGUUUUACGUGCUGAUGUGAAGCAAAAACCCCGAUAGAAGACACUGUCUGCGAAGAAAGUCUCCCACUUCUGUUUUACUAAUGGCACGCUCCUGAGAUGUAGAAAAAUCAAGAAAAGAUGAUACCAUGCUAGUUUUGGAGUGCGUGUAUGUGUGUGUGAGAGAGUGUACCAAGUGAAUUUGUGUGAGUCUUAAGCCGAUUAACUCCACAGCAAGUGAUCUCACUUAGGUUUAUAAAUUGAAGUUGUCUUAUCAUUUCUGUCCAACAGGACACUUUAGAUUUUAGAUUAUGUUUUUGUAUUUAUCAUUAACUCUUCUGGACUCUUCGGGACAUUUUUGGCCAUUAGGUUGCAUAGUUUUUCCAUGUUUUGGCCAUAUCUUUUAUCUGUGUUUCAGUUAGAGGAAAUAUUUUUUGGGACAAAACUUUAUAUAACAUGUACUUUGGAAAGAGUAUUUAGAAUAUUUGACCAGGUCUAUAGUUUUCUGUAUUCAAAUGGUCUCGAAGCGUAUGUGCGAUUUUUAUGUGUCCAUUAAUUUAAUUAAAUUAAUUUUAUAUAAAAAUAUAUCAGAUUAAUAUUUUGUUUUCAAAUAUUUUUUGCUUAAAUCUGUUAAUCAACCUCAGUUCUAAUCAAAACUACUAAAUCUUUAAAAUAAAAAUUAGUGAUGUCAUGAAUUUGCAUAAAAAAUGCACACAAAAUGACUUAUUUUUAAUAUAAAAAAGCAAACUGGAUUUUUUUUAUUAUACAUAUUAUUAGAGUAUUGGAUAGGUCAAAGAUUAACAACAUAAAGAUUACUAACAACAUUGUGGCUCUGAAAAUAGCAUUGUGGAUACCCCAAGGUGGCCCAUGUAUGCCCAAAGAUCAACGUCGUCCACCUUGGUCCGAUUUUUUUAUGGUGCCCAUGGAGGUUGUUCAUUCUGACAAAGAGAUUAACUAUUUCCUUGAUAAAUAAAUAAAUUAAAUGUGGAAGUAGCAUACUGGGUUGGUCCUGGAGUCACACCUCUAGCAGCCGGGGGGGGGAGUUGUCUCAGCAUUGGUCGGAAACCAUACUACUCCAUUUCUCCCAAUCCACACAGAUUCAGGAUCCUCUGAAUACACCUCCGCUUCUGCGGAGGAAUCUACGGAGGAUGAUAAAGGUGCCACAACAAACUCAGCAUCUAAUCCUCCUGAUUCAGUCGUGUCAGGAGCAGAUGGGAUAUUUCUGCCACUUUGCCUGUACUAAUUCUUCUCUUUAUGCCUCUCAGUAUGGUGCUUGCUGCUCUUCUUACCAUCAAAUGACAAAUGAUUAGAAGGACAGCAUGCAAGUGUUUAAAUAAACACCUUUUUCUCACCAUUAAAAGGCAGCAAGCACAUAAAUAAAACUCACUCUGUCUCACACACAGUCUGCACUUUUUAACAUCGAUAGAGUUUGUUUUUAGUUUAAUACAUGUAGACAAAUUGUAUUUCUGAGAACUGAGGUGUAUAUUAUGAUUCUUUCUGACAUAUUAUGGUCUCUCUCUGUCACACACGCACACUCACAUACAUACAAACCUCUGAUUACUCCAUAGAACGGCAUGUAAAAAUGCCUGAAAAUAAGCUUUUUUUUUAUUGCACAGGCCUGUGUAAUGGGUCAAUGGCCCAAUUAUUUGGUCAACAGUAAAAAUUGCAAAUCUUACCUCUUCCUUACCGCUUCAUGUCAUGGGCUGUGCAGUGGGGGGAAACAUCCCUGAUAUGUAAAUGAGGGCAAAAAAAAUCAAAUCUAAUGCUGCACAAAAACUAACAAUCCAUAAAAGCAAAUGUUAUUAGUAAUCUUUGACAUAUCCAAGACUGUAGUAAAAAAAAAAUCCAGUUCAAUUUUUUACUUUAAAAAAAAAGUUUUUUUUAGUAGUUUUGACUAGAACUGAGGCUGAUUAACAGAUUUCUGCAAAACAAUUAGAAAAAAUAUUAAUCUGAUAUAUUUUUAUAUGUUUAAUUUAGUGGAUGUUUUUGGCCAUGAACAUCACGAAAGGGCAGUAUAUUUAAAGUGUCCACAAUGAUUGAUUAAUGCAACCAUGAGCUCUGAGCAACAAGUAUCUGAGAAACACUCCUAAUUAUGAGUCUAUUAUGUCUUGAGACUGUGUGUGUGGUGUAGUCUCAGUCACUUCUUUGCAGUAUUCACUUCAAAACUGUUUCUUUACUUAGCUUAGUUUUGAAUUGUUCGCCCCUUUCCAUUUCUUUUUGCUGUUGUAGGGUUUCUGAUUCUAUCAUCUUGAGAUGAGCUGCUGCAAGUUGUUCUUCCUUUUUUAAAACUUUGUUUCAACAAAUGGCACCUGAAUGUUUGUUCUAUAUUAACGCAAAUCAAAUUGGAAAGUCCAUAGAAAGAUGUAACGUGAGCCUGUGCGUGCGUGUGUUGCGUUGAAUUGUGGCUUUUAAGUUGUGAUUUUUGAACUCAAUGACAUUAUUAGUUGAAACACUGAGGAGGUGGUGAUGCGAAGUUCGUUCGAGCAAACCGAAGGGAUAUUUGUAUAUUUUGUAAAAAAAAAAAAAAAAAAGAAUAAUAAUAAUAAUUGACGAGUGGUUGCCUGUUGUCCUGAAUAAUUUCAUUGUACUGUACAAAUGCACUCUUGUCUCCCUCUGCAGUCGCAUGUUGAGUAGUUUGAGUUUUGUAUAUUUAUUGUAUUAACACAGAAAUAAAAUAAGAAAAUGGACUAUUUAA